UCUACUCCGAGGCCCGAACCAGCGGGAAAUGUUGGCAUUCUUUGACAUUGCCUGCAACGGCUAUCUGUACCAAUCAGGCCAGCUGACAACAUGUCCCGCAUACCUGCCACAGCGGUCACUUCGUCGACUACGCCUCUGCUAUCCUCCGAUUCACCCAGACCGCCUUCUUCUCGACGUGUAGCUCCACCCAGUCAACCUCGUACGUCACCUUCGUCGGCUCUGCGCCCACCCAUCGAGCCGAAUGAGUCUUACGUUUCAUACGCUUCUAUCCCUCGAUCUAACACUCCACCGCCACGGUUCAUAUCUAGGUCUAGAUCGAGACUGGCAGCAGUCCGGCGCCGGCAAAGGACUCCGAUAGCUGCUUUCUUCCCUGCCUUCGUAACGAUUGUGUUACUCGGUUUUGCUUCGUUUGCAGCUUGGGACGUGAGCUCUGCUGGAAACUGCUGGAUCGAGCCUCUUUGCAGGAUCUUAGGGAGUGGAGAUAGGCUCGAGAAUGUGUGGUGGAGGAACAGUGGGGCUUAUGCGCCUUGGAAGAGUCUAGGUCCGGGUGGCGGUAAGCGAGGUCUGCCGAGAGGUUGCAAAGUCAACCAAGUCACUGUACUCCAGCGACAUGCCGCGAGGUAUCCGACGACUGAAGCUUCCAAAUGUCUGCUCCGAGCGCUGGGCAAAUUAGCCAAUCGAAAGACCAGGACACCGAGAAGACAUCACUCUGAGCUUGCCUUUCUCAGCGAUACAGAUCUCAGAUUGGAGGAUUGGAAGUUUGAUCAGCUCUUGGAUCAAGGUCGGCGACAAGCUUGGAGUGCCGGACGAGAGAUUGCAGCACUGUACGCUCAGUUUCUCGACACAAACCUCGAUCCUUUCACCCGGGCUUCCGGGUCAGGGAGGGUUGUGGAGACUGCUGGGUACUGGCUUGAAGGCUUUCGAGGCGAUGCAUUCAAGCUCAAACCUGUCGAUCAACUGCCCCAGGUCAAUCUCACAUUGCCCGAAGAACCUACAUUCAACAAUACAUUGUCCGUCAAGACAUGUCCAGCGUUCGCCAAUCAGUCCGCCCCGUCGUUACCCGAUCUGCUUAAUCUUCUACAACCGGCUCAAAGCAGGUUGAACGAUCUGCUCCGGCCACAACCACCACUCGAGCUGUCGGAAGUAAAGUGUCUGGCCGACAUGUGUCCUUAUGACAGUCAAAGAAGCGAGACUUGGGCAGCUUGGAGUCGGUGGUGCAGAGUCUUCACGCGGGAAGAAUGGGAAGCCAUUGGGUAUCUGAAAGACGUCGACAGGUACUAUGGGGUCGGGCCCGGAAAUGAUCUUGGGCCAACACUCGGAGCCGGCUGGACCAAUGAGCUCAUCGCUCGAUUGACUGAUUCUGCUCCGGUCGACUCGACGACCACCAAUAGUACACUGGACGCGGACGAGGCGUCCUUCCCGCGAGGAGGGAACAGGCUCUUUGUGGACUUUACGCACGACAACGAAAUGAUAGAAAUCAUGGCUGCCAUGGGUCUGGCCAGGCAACAUGGGAAUCUGCUCACUGACAAGCUUCCCGAUAAGAGAUCCUACAUGAUCUCUGAGCUUAUCCCCUUUGGCUCGCGAAUUGUCUUCGAACGGAUAGGAUGUCAAUUAGGCAAUUGGGAGCCUGAUCCAGAGGGAGGUCAACCAGAGGACGAGAGGAAGAAUUAUCUCAGGGUGUUCAUCAAUGACGCCUUGGACCCUCUUGACUCUCUCAUGUGCUCUCAAUCUGGAUUUUUCGAACACGGCAUGUGCGAAGUGGAUAUUUGGGUCGAUUCUCAGUCGUUUGCCCAGAAAACGGUGGACUGGAAUGUCUGCUAUGCGAAAUAGAUGUGGUC